AUGGCACGCACCAAGCAAAUGGCCCGUGGCCCGGGCCAGUAUGCAAAUGAGCAGCCUCUUGAUGAAGAGGAUCAGCAGGAGAUCAAUGGAAUUCUCACCGAGGAAGACAAGAAACGUCGCGAGGAGCUUGAGAAGGCACCCAUGCAGAUCGAGGUCAAACACCUAGAGAAGCGGUGGACAAAGAAGGGGCACCCAUACAUCACCGAGCCAAAGGAGGAUGAGGACGUCCCCCAAGAGAAGAUUAAUUGGCCCAUUCAGAUCACGCGCCAGUACGAUGGCCAAAACAAAUACAUCUGCCGUACCUCACUUGAGGUCAACUCUCCCGGACUCAAGAAUAUCUUAGGAGAUGUCAUUGGCAGCAAGUACCCUGGCCAAUCCUACCUGACUUCCAACAUUACCGUCGACUUCCCUCCCCGCAGUCUCUACCACUACCGUCAGGAGCUGGCCGACACUGCUGUUGAUCACGAACCCGGUUCCGAUGAAGCCAGGCACCUCCCUCUGCUGCUCAGCUUCAUUGACGAGGAGUUCCAUGAUGCCAUUACCGACGGCGCAAACCUUCUUGAGCAGGGCUUGAUGAGCUAUGAACACCUCUGGACCAUCUUCCGUCCAGGAUGCCUUGUCUACGCUACUCGGAUGAGCCAGGCCCGUGUGUACAAGCUCAAUAGCUACCAGUAUACCUGUGGCCAGUGCCCCGGUCUCCAGCUCAGCGUCGAGUUCGUCGACUUUGACGGCGACGACUUUGGCACGAGGUACGAUUCCCUCUUGAUUCCCGCUUUCUCUGGAACCACGGAAAUCGCCUCUCUCAACGCCCUGCCUCUGGUGCACCACCCUGACCCCAGCGCCGUUUCGCGCCUCCUUACUGAGCGCGGCCGACGAUGGGAGGCUCUCGCCGGUCAGAAUUUCCGUCAGUACAAGGGCGUAGCGUUGGACCCCCGCAACCGCCGCUUCAACAUUGACGGCCGGGUCAUGGUCGACGCGGAGACUCACCACCGAAUCAUGGCCGACUUCGCCUUCAACAUCAACUCGUUCCCCAAGGUGGCAGGGCGGAAGCGGAAGCAAGACGACGAGAGCGACGACAUGGAACUCGUUCCAAAGGAGACUGCCGAGUUUGCGCCCCUGACCGACGAGCAAUGCCUGCUGGCCAGCCCCAUGGUCCGCGGCUUCAGCUUCACCGAGAAGAAGUUCCUCGACUUCUUCGUCGACAAGAUCAGCCCCAUCGAGUGGAACACCCAAUGCUUCGAGCAGCUAGUCCUGCCAGACUCUCAAAAGGAGCUCGUGCAGGCUCUCGUGGCGGAGCACACCGCCCGGGCCACCGAUCCAAACUCGUCUGCGUUUGAUGACAUUGUCAAGGGUAAGGGCAAGGGCCUCAUUCUCGUCUUGCAUGGUCCUCCUGGCGUAGGAAAGACCUUGACGGCGGAGUGCGUGGCAGAAUUCAGCCGUCGACCGCUAUACAUCGUCUCCUCGGGCGACCUCGGUACCUCGUCAUCGGUCCUGGACGACAAGCUGACCAAGACGCUCGAUCUGGCGAGCACGUGGAAGGCGGUGCUCCUCAUCGACGAGGCCGACGUCUUCCUUGAGCGUCGCUCAUUGCACGAUAUGGAGCGCAACAGUCUCGUGUCCAUCUUCCUACGCACCCUCGAGUACUAUAGCGGCAUCCUCUUCAUGACGACAAACCGCGUACGGACCUUUGACGAUGCCUUCAAGAGCCGCAUUCACGUGCCUCUCAAGUACGAUGACCUGCCGCGUGAGAGCCGGUUGAAGGUGUGGAAGAACUUCCUGGGCAACGUCGAAGGUGGUGUCGACAUUGACGAAGACGGGUAUGAGAAGCUCGCGGAGGGCAAGUUGAACGGGCGCCAGAUCAAGAAUGUGGUCCGGACGGCCAAGAGUUUGGCUGCGCACAAGAAGCGGAGAUUGGACUGCGAGCAGCUGCAGCAGGUUGUGGAUAUCCAGAUGACGUUUGAGAGGGAGCUGGACAGUGUGGAUGGUGACAUUGAUGUGGUUGUACGAUAG